ACCAUGGAUUCCAAAAGUCCUCUCAAGGAGGAAUGCCACUCAACGGCCUACUAUCCCAACUAUUCCUGGUUGGCUGUCAAAAAGAGGAACUCGCUGAUUAGGGAACCACGUAGAUUUUUAACCAGCGUGCGAACAGAAAUGUACGAAAAGGCUGAUGCUGAGAAAUGCCACACGCCGGAAAUGACGAAUGUUCUUGACUUUUUGGAUUGUCAAAUACGCAGGCAUAUGCGACUGGAGCUGGAAAUUCCUAAAUACCCCGACGUCCCAAAGUAA